AUGGGGCGCUCGCCAAGCCCUCCAAGACGGCGUGACGACAGGCGGCGGGAGCGCGACGACCGCGCAGACCGGCGCGACCGGCGGAGACCGCGCACGAGGUCCCGCUCCAGGAGUCUGGAGCGCCGGCGCCGCUCCCCCGAGCGCCGCCGCUCGCCAUCACCCAGAAGACGCCGGUCGCCAUCCCCCGGCCCAUCCACCACCUUCGUCCCCAAACAAAAGAAGACUUUCGGCGAGCGGCCGAUCGUCACGCCGGCAGAUUUGGAGGGAAAGUCCCCGGAAGAGCAAGAAAUGCUCAAAGUAAUGGGCUUCUGCGGCUUCGACACUACCAAAGGUAAGAAAGUCGAGGAUAACGUAGAGGGGGAUGUCCACGUCGUUUUAAAGCGGAAGUACCGCCAGUACAUGAACCGGAAGGGCGGGUUCAACCGGCCCCUGGACUACGUCGCGUAG